AGAAAAAUAAUCGUUUUGUCAAUCCACUAAUACGAAUAACCACAGAUUUAAGAGGUCUUCACUGAACCUUUUAUACCCUCGACGGCUUGCGCGUAUUUCCUACUCAAAUACAACUUGACACUAAUUUCGUCUAUCCUAAUCGCUGCCAUCGCCCUAGCUCGGCAGACAGCGUGAUUACUCACUUUUCCAAACACAUUAUUUCCUAUUGGGACGAGUCUCUUUAGCCGGUUCUCGAUUCAACCUAUAGUUCGAUCUGUCGAGAUAGAGACAACCGCUUCAUGGCUUGCGAAUCUCAAUAGGGUUCUCAACCACCUUUUCCUGUAUAUUCUCUUAUCUCUUCGGCCUUGGAUAUCGCAGCCAGUUGUCUCGUGGUCUUCCCACCCAACUGAACUAUCCACGUGCUUGAAGCAGAAACCCUCCAGCAAAGGUCGAUCCUAGAUUUUUGACGGAGUCUUUCCACACAGCCGUCAUCAUGCCGGGCGGUGUCUGCGCGGUUCUCGAUUACGAGACCGAACUCAUGGCGGAAUAUGUGGCUGAAAUGACAGUGCGAGUCAUUCUCCCUAAAUCAUCAGUUUCUGGCGCGUUCCGGAAGUUCGUGAAUCAGAUACUGACUUCUACACGACUCCCGAGCACCACCAUCCUCCUCGGAAUGAAUUACUUGGCUAAGAGGGUCAACAUGCUUAACCAGUCUGGUUCAUUCAAUCCGAAUGAGGGCCAGAUGUGGAAAAUGCUGACUAUUUCUCUUCUCCUCGGUAGUAAGUUCCUCGACGACAAUACCUUCCAGAAUCGAUCAUGGUCCGACGUUAGUGGCAUUGCGGUGUCGGAGCUCAACACUAUGGAAAACGAGUGGUUGAAGCAUAUUGGCUGGUCAUUGUAUGUCAAUCUUGAUCGGAGCGAGGACUACAAUGCGUGGCUCAAGAGUUGGAAGGAAUGGGAAGAGAACAAGAAGUUCCACCAGCAACAGAAACAACAACAACAACAGCAGCAACAGUCACACAUCGCUAUGCGCGAGAGGUUGGCACCAAUUGUUACUGCUAUUCAUUCAGAGCCAGUACGACAACAUGCUCUUUCCCUACAGGGCUGGGGACACGAGGAGAUUGUCGAGCACGAACGUUUCAACAUAAAUGUAAACGUAAAUGUCAGGCUCGUCCAUGCCGGGACCACCGAUUACCGAUGCCGAGAGGGGUCUUGGCAAGGCUCAUAUUGUAAUCCUUGGUCACAACCUCAGGCUCCUUUGACUCCUCCAGAUUCUGGUUACGGAACCCCCGAGUAUCUCAACUCGGCUGCUUCUCUGAAUUCCUCUUAUAAUGACUGGUUCUCUCAGGCCGUCAAUGGAGGCUACAACCGACACUACAAGCCACACUACAAGGCGCCUGGCCCGCCUGACCACAACGAAUACAGAUCCCGUAGCGGUUCCCAUUUCCCUCAACAUUACUGUUCCCAAUAUGGCUCUGGUCCGUGGGACCCGAGCUUUCCUGAAUGCUGUACCCAGUGUCGGGCUCAACGCCAUGCCACAGCGGCUGUUUACGCGUAACAGCACAGUUAUACCCAGUCGGUGAUGGGUUAGGGCCGAUUUUACGAUGACACGUCGUAUUGUAUUAUCGAUGCCAGUUUGGAUGAGGCUGACUUGUGCUCAGCCGAGGUUUUAUG